AUUGGCAGGGCAAGUGUUCCCUGCUGAGGAAAUAGAAGACAGAAAUUGCGUAAUGGAGAUCCGUUCUGGCGUUGGUGGCUCAGAGGCAGCGUCAUUUGCUAUGGAGCUGUUUCGCAUGUAUGAAAAUUUUGUUCGGUACAAGGGAGGCAGGUUUGAGAUAACCAACAUCGUUCCUUGCACCGAGGAUGGCUACCGUGAAGCCUCUGCAUUCAUAACGGGGAAGUCGCUUUUUGGUGCGCUUCGGAAUGUUGAUGAAGAUGGCUCCAUCACGUGUCCGAAGUGCAGGGAGUCAACACCGUUGCAAGCUGGACUUUCUUCCAUGCUGUCUUUGCCAGACAGUUAUGCCAAGGCAGAGGGUAGUGGCACAGGAAAGAAGUCCAUAGUAUCGUGUGAUGAAUGUAUGGAUGUGGAAGUGGCUGUGUCGCGCUGUGCAACAUGCAGCAGUCAUCUGUGCAGUUUUCACACUGAAGGACACAAGCGUUCCCGAGCUACACAUGGCCAUGAGGUACUGUCAUUGGAUGACGUGGUUACUGAGACUGCUGCUACUGCUUCUUCAGCUACUCAGUCACAGCAUCGCUGUGCACUGCACCCAAGCAGUCCCCUGACCAAGUUCUGCACGAAAUUUCGAGAGUGGUGUACAUCGUGUGCAGAGAGUACCAAAGUCGGAUACCAUGGGUCGUCGUCACACCAGCACCGUGGCCAUCCUCAUCCUACCAGAACCCACCGAGCUAGAUAUUGUCAUAGAUGCCAAGGAUUUGAAAUAUGAAGUGUUCAGAGCAUCUGGGUAGGUCUAUG